GUGGUGCAACAGGUGCAGCUGCUGUGUUCACAUGGGUGUGUGCACAGUGCAGUUGCUGUAUGCACGUGGCCGUGUGUGCAUGCACGGUGCAGGUGCUGUGCAUGUGGGUGUGUGCAAGGUGCAGGUGCUGUGUGUGCAUGCAGGGUGCAGCUGUUGUGUGCACAUGGCUGCACGCAGGGUGCAGGUGCUGCGUGCAUGGGACCGUAUGCAUGCACGCUGCAGGUGCUGCGUGAAUGUGGGUGUUUGCAGGGUGCAGCUGCUGUGCACACGUGGGGCUGUGUGUGCAUGCAGUGCAGCUGCUGUGAGUGAUGCAGGCGGUGUCUGCAACACACUGAGCAUGCAGGGUGCAAGUGCUGUGAGUGAUUCAGGCUCUGUGCAUGCAGGGCUGUGUGUGCAUGCACGCUGCAGGUGCGUGGUGCAGCUGUUGUGUGCGGUGCAGCUGCUUUGCCCAUGGGGCUGCAUGUGCAUGCACGGUGCAGCUGCUGAGAGUGAUGCAGGUGUUGUCUGCAGCACUGUGUGAGCAUGCAGGGUGCAGCUGCUGCAUGCAUGGGGCUCUGUGUGCAGUGCAGGUGCUGUGCAGGUGAGUUUCUGUGUGCGUGCAUGGUGCAGGCGCAGUGCAUGUGUGUGCUCAUGGUGCAGGCGCAGCGUGCAGUGCAGGUGCAGUGAGUGAUGCAACAGCUGCAUGCAUUGCACAACGCUGUGUGCAUGGGGCUCCGUGUGCACGCACAGUGUAGGUGCUGUGAGGGGUGCAGGUGCUGCGUGCAACACACUGUGAGCGUGCAGGGUGCAGGUGCUGUGCAAGCGGGUCUCAGUGUGCAUGCAGGGUGCAGCUGCUGCAUGCACGGGGCUCUGUGUGCAUGCACGGUGUGGGUGCUGUGUGCUGCUUGCAGUGCAGGUGCUGUGAGCAUGCAGUGUGCAGGUGCUGUGCAGGUGCGUCUCUAAGUGCAUGCAUGGUGCUGCAUGCAUGAGUCUCUGGGUGCAUGCACCGUGCAGCUGCUGCAUGCACGGGGCUCUGUGUGUGCACAGUGUGAGUGCUGUGUGCAGUUCCGGUGCUGAGAGCAUGCAUUGUGCAGGUGCAGUGCAGGUGAGUCUCUGAGUGCAUGCAUGAGUCUCUGGGUGCAUGCACCAUGCAGCUGCUGCAUGCACAGGGCUCUGUGUGUGCACAGUGUGAGUGCUGAGUGCAGUGCAGGUGCUGCGAGCCGUGCAGGUUGCAGUGUGCAGCUGUGGUGUGUGUGUGUGUGUGCUGUGCAUGCAUCACACAGCAGCAGUGCACACACAGGGGGAUGGGGGGCAGGGAAUGCGCCGAUGCGCUGCAGGCAGGUGGUGCUGCUUCUGCAGCAGGCAGCAGCAGCUGCAUGCCUGCCCAUCUGCUUCAUUAGCGGUGCAUGGGAUGGGGCAGCGGUGUUGCAGGCGCUGCUGUGCAUGGGGCCAGUGCUACAGCUGUGCAGUGCUGCAGCCAUUGCGCCCCAAUGCAGGGCUUGGGGUGCAGCGCUGCGGUGCAGGGUUUGGUGCAAGACUUUGGUGCAGGAUUUGGGGUGUGAGGUUUUGCUGCAGGGCUUUGCUGCAGGACAUUGGCACCUUGUUUUGGUGCAGGACUGCAACGCAGGGCUUUGGUUGCAGCACUUUGGGUGCAGGAAUUGGGUGCACAACUGGUUGUAGGAUUUGGGGUGCAGGACUUUGGGAUUUUCAGUGCAGGACUUUGGCUGCAGGAUUUUGAGUGCAGGACUUUGGUGCAGAAAUUUGCUGCAGGAUCCUGUUGCAGGAUUUUGGUGCAGGGCUUUGGAUGCAGAACUUUGGUGCAGGACUUUGGGUGCAUGAUUUUGAUGCAGGAUGUUGGCUGCUGGACUUUGGUGCAGGGCUUUGAUUGCAGGGUUUUGGUGCAGGACUUUGGUGCAAGAUUUUUGUGCAGGUCUCUGGUGAUGGAGUUUGGUGCAGGACUUUGGUGCAGGACUUUGGCACCUGAUUUUGGUGCAGGAUUUGGUGUGCAGGGACUUGGAUGCAGGACUUUGGGUGCAAGACUGUGCACAGGGCUUCGGUGCAGGGUUUUGGUGCAGGACUUUGGGUGCAGGAUUUUUGUGCAGGACUUUGGUGCAGGGCUUUGAUUGCAGGGAUUUGGGUGCAGGACUUUGGGUACAGGAUUUUGGUGCAGGACUUCGGGUGCAAGAUUUUGUGCAGGUCUCUGGUGAUGGAGUUUAGUGCAGGACUUUGGUGUAGGACUUUGGGUGCAGGAUUUGGGGUGUAGGAUUUUGAUGUAGGACUUUGGAUGCAGGAUUUCCAUGCAGGAUUUGCUGUGCAGGGAUUUGGGUGCUGGACUUUGGCACAAGACUUUGUGUGCAAGAUUUUGGUGCAGGGCUUUGGGUGCAGGACUUUGGUGCAGGAUGUUGGUUGCAGGACUUUGGGUGCAGGAUUUUGGUGCAGGAUUUUGUUGUAGGAUGUUUGGUGCAGGACUUUGGUGCAGGGCUUUGAUUGCAGGGACUUGGAUGCAGGACUUUGGGUGCGAGACUUUGUGCACAGGGCUUCGGUGCAGGGUUUUGGUGCAGGAUUUUGGGUGCAGGGCUUUGGUCCAGCAUUUCGGUGCAGCAUUUGGUGUGCAGGACUUUGGGGGCAUGAUUUUGGUGCAGGAUGUUGGGUGCAGGAUUUUGUUGUAGGAUAUUGGGUGCCAGACUUUGGUGCAGGACUUGGAUUGCAGCACAUUGGGUGCUGGACUUUGGUGCAGGCUUUGAUUGCAGGGCUUUGGGUGCAGGACUUUGAGCACAAGACUGUGCACAGGGCUUUGGUGCAGAGUUUUGGUGCAGGAUUUUGGUGCAGGAUUUCCAUGCAGGAUUUGGUGUGCAGGGAUUUGGGUGCAGGACUUUGGCACAAGACUUUGUGCACAGGGCUUUGGUGCAGGGUUUUGGUGCAGGACUUUGGUGGAGGACUUUGGGUGCAGGAUUUUGUUGCAGGACUUUGGUGUGGGGCUUUGAGUGCAGGGACUUUGGUGCAGGACUUUGGGCACAAGACUUUGUGUACAGGGCUUUGGUGCAGGGUUUUGGUGCAGGACUUUGGUGCAAGACUUUGGGUGCAGGAAUUGCGUGCAGGACUUUGAUGCAGAGUUUUGGUGCAGGAUUUGCGUGCAGGAAUUUGGUGCAGGGUUUUGGUGCAGGAUUUCCAUGCAAGACUUUGGUGCAGGAUUUUGGCACAGGAAUUUGGUGCAAGAUUUUGGUGCAGGACUUUGGUGCAUGAUUUGCGUGCAGGACUUUGGCUCUGCAGGUGCCGGGCUUCCCUGCAUCGCCGCUGACUUGCAGCCUGGCUCGUUGCAGGCCGGGAUGUGAGCGCAGCGGCGCAGCACCAUGGGGAACAAUGCGAGCCGCCCCGGCUGCCUGGGCCAGAAGAGCCGCCGUCCCGAGGAGCCCAUGGGGUGGGAUGUGGGCUGCAGGGACCCCCAGCCCCACGCAGGGAAUGCGCCAACAACGGAGAAGGGUUGGAACGCAGCAGGGCCCCAAUGCAGCCCGGUGCUGAAGCGCAGCCCGGUGCUGAAGCGCAGCCUGUCGGAGGCAGCGGUGCAGAACGGCGGCGCCGCAUGCGUUGCAUUGCGGUUGCGGGGUGAGGAGGGGGCUGCUGCAUGGACCCCCCCCAGGGCCCCGCGUGGGCCGUGGUGCUGGCGGCCCGUCAGCGCGCGGGAGGUGACCGAGGUGACCGAGGUGACGGAGACCAUCGUCACCGAGAUCGUGGAGGUGACGCGAUACCCAAAGGGGGGGGACGACAACGCAGACCCCACAGCCGGCCCCACAGACAGCCCCACAGCCGGCCCCACUGCUGGCACCACUGCUGACCCCACUGCUGGCCCCACUGCUGCGCUGACCCACAGCAACCACGGUACCGAGGUGCCCCCCCCGGCCGUCGCAGGAGCUGCGUCGCGGUUGCAGGACGGCAGCGGGGCCCUGCUGCGCUGGGUGUGCGACAUGGAGGAGCUGGUGUGCAACCAACGGCCGCCCGCAGCCGACGUGCAGGUGGCCAAGGCGCAGCUGGAGGAGCAGAAGCUCCUGCGCCGGCUGCUGGAGGAGCGUCGGCCCCGCGUGGAGCGCAGCCUGCAGGAUGACCCCGACAGCGCCGACGUGGCUGCGCUGCAGCAGCGCUGGGGGCGGCUGCUGGAACAGGUGGAGGAAAGCUGCGUUGGGGCUGUGCGGCACUGUGGCUGCGUUGGGGAUGUGCGGCAAUGCGGCUGCAUUGGGGCUACAGCGCUGUGUGCUGAGAUCCGCUCCCGGCUGCCGGAGCUGCAGGAGGUGCUGGAGCGCGGGCAGAGCGUGCUGCGCAUGGUCACAGGGGAGGAGGCGUCGCAGGCGCAGGAGCGGCUGGAAUGGCUGCGGAUGCGGUACCUGAUUGCGGCGCAGAGCAGCGCCGACACGGAGCAGCGCAUGGCGCAGGCCUUGGAGGCCUCAUCCCGAGGGGGACCCGCGCAGGAGGACCUGCGCCUCUGGUUGGGUCGCAUGGAGGCGGAGCUGAAUGCGUGGGAUGGGAGAGAGCCCCCGUGCAGCGACCAGGAGAAGCUGCAGCAGUUCCUGCGUUCAGAGCUGGACCACCUGGCGGGGCUGCAGGAGCGGCUGGAUGCAGCGUGCAGCGUGCAGCUGGACAUGCAGGCGUUGGAUGCGCAGCUGGAUGAACACAAGCUGCUCUCAGCAGAGAUCCUGCACCACCGCAGCUUGGUGGAGCGGCUGCUGGGCGUCGCAGAGUCGCUGCUGCACUGCUGCACGGAGCCCAUGCAGCAGAGCACAGAGCCCUCGGUGCAGGCGUUGCGGGAGCGAGCGGAGCAGCUGUGGCAGCGCAGCGGGAUGCGCUCGGUGCAGCUGGAGCAGGCGCAGGCGCUGCUGGCGCAGUUCUCUGAGGCGCAUGCGGAGCUGCAGCCGUGGCUGGAGGAGACUCAGGCGACUGCAGCACAGCUCUGCCCCGACGCCAUCAGCUGCGAUGCAUUCCGGGAGCAGCAGGCGCUGCUGCAGUGCCUGCGCGAGGCUGUGGCCGAGCACCGCCCUCUGGUUGCGAAGCUGCAGCGCGUGGCUGCGCAGCUGCAGGAGCUCAGCCCUGAGCAUGCGGCGCCGCUGCAGCAGCGCUGCAAGGAGGCAGAGGAGCAGUACAGCUGCAUCCGACAGCGCAUGCAGCAGGCAGCUGCGAUGCUGGAGGACGCGCUGCCACGCUACGGACAGCUGAGCGAGCGCAUGGAUCUGCUGCGAGGGUGCCUGGAGCGGCUGCAGGGGCGGCUGCAGGGCUGCCCACCGCUGCUGGGGGAUGCGGCGCAGCUGCGGGAGCGGCUGCGGGAGAACGGGGCAGCCGUGGCGGAGCUGCAGCAGAUGGGGGCUGCGCUGCAGGCGGUGCAGGAGCAAUGCGACGAGCUGCGGGACAGCAUGCAGCAAGCUGGAUGCAACGCUGCAGCCACGGCGCUGCAGGAUCGCGCGUUGCAGCUGCGGUCGCAGUGGGAUUCGCUGCGGGUGGACGCGGAUGCGGCGCAGCUGCGGCUGCAGGAGCUGCAUGCGACGGCCGAGCGCUUCUGGGGCGGAGCUGCGGAGCUGGCGCUCACCUUGGCAGACACGCAGCAGAUGCUGCUGCGCAUGGAAUGCAACGCGGGGGGGGGACCCGAUGGAAUCAGAGCCAGGCUGCAGUCUGUGCAGGCGCUGCAGGAGGAGCUGGACGCGCUGCAGGCCGAGCUGCAGGAGCUGCGCUGCAUCGGGGAGCAGCUGGUGGACGCAUGCGGCGACGCAGCACAGGGCAGCGUCAGCAAGGGGGUGCAGGAGCGCCUGUCGCAGUGGUUGGAUGCGGUGGAGCUGCGCAUGGCCGACGAGUUCCUGAUCGGAGCCGACCCCGACGUCAUGCAGCAGCAGCUGCAGGAACUAAAGCACCAGCUGGAGGCUGCGCUGCUGGGGCUGGGUCAGUUCCAGCAGCAGCUGUCGGCGCUGCUGCAGUGGCUGUCGCACACGGCGGAGCAGCUGCGGAGCUGCACGGAGCCAUGCAGCGACCUGCAGAGCUGCGAGGUGGAGAUGGCCAAGCACAGGGUGCUGCAGAACGACGUGCAGUCCCACGCGCGCAGCGUGCAAGCGGUGAGCGACGCCGGGCAGGGGCUGCUGCAAUGCAGCGCAGGGGACGGAGCCGAGGGGCUGCAGCGCAACCUGCAGGAGCUGCAGCAGCUGUGGGACAGCGUCUGCGCCGAGAGCGAGCGGCGGCAGCUGCAGCUGCAGCGCAACCUGGACCGAGUGCAGGAUGCGACGGCGCAGCUGACGGAGCUGCUGCAGUGGCUGGAGGGCGUGGAGGUGCAGCUGUGCGGCUGCAGGAUGCGGAGCAUGGAUCACAAAUGCAUCAAGGAGGAGCUCGAGGCGCAUCUGGAGCUGUGCAGGGCCCUGGAUUCCAAGCAGGCCGAUUACUGCAGCGUCCGGGAGCAGCUGCAGCGGUUGCAGAGCUGCAGCCCCGCAGAGCAGCCGUGCAGCACCCAGCACCAACUGCGGCUCCUGGAGCACAAGUGGGACAGCGUGCAGCAACAGGCGCAGCACAGGAAGCAGCGGCUGCAGGAGGCGCAGUGUGUGAGCGCGGAGCUGCAGGAGCUGCAGCAGGAGCUGCAUCGUUGGCUGCAGCGCAACGAGCCGCUGCUCAGCGAACAAACCGAGUUCGGGGUCAGCGUGAACAGCAUCGACGCGCAGAUCACGCAGCAGCAGGUACCGCAUGGGGGGCAGGAUGGGGGGCUGGGGAGCUGUGGGCGCUUCCAUCGCUGGUUCCGCUCUGGUCGCCCCCUGCUGGAGGCGUCGCUGCGCUGCGGGCGGGAGCUGCUGGACACGGAGCUGCAGCAACGCGACAGGCUGCAGCUGCAGCAGAACAUGCGACAGUGCAGGGAGCAAUGGGACAGGAUAGGGGCUAAAUGCAACGACAGAUCCCGCACCCCCAAGCUGUUGCAUUGGCAGCUCCAAGCCGUCACCUGUUUGCACACCGACAUCCUGCAGACGGCCUCCCAUCGAAAGCGCUCAGCUCCUCCAUUCUUGCUGCUGCAGCCACUGCGCAUCCACGCUGCACACCGCACCAAUGCUGCCACCAAUGCAGCUGCGCUGCUGCUGCUGCUGCUGCUGUGCGCUGCAGAGCUGGACGUCUACGGCGCAGAUCGCCCAAGCCAGUCCAGCAGCGCCAUUCGCAGCGCAUCCCGACAGACCGCAGCCGCGCAGCCAGCAGCUGCUGCCUCCAUGAUCGACUCGCCUGCACCACAGCCCAUGACACUGCCCAGCCUGUCGCAGUUGCUGCAGCUCCCCGUGUUCCAGCAGCUCACCCGCCCCGUCAGACGCACCACAGAGCAGAACCGCCUCAGCGCCCACGGAGUUGAGCCAGAGUAG